AUGCCGCCGGCGAAGCUCCCAAGCAAAAUCAAUGUGCUAAAAAUAGCAUGCUUCACUCCAAACCUCGUGUCCAAGUCCUUGACUGAACAAGUUUCUGCCACGUUCACCAUAUUUAUGGCAUCGCAAAAGCCCAAUAUCCGUGAAAUCCAACGUGAAAAGGCACGAAUGGUCAGGAAUCGUGCUAGGAAACACCAGCAAAAGGACCUGCAGGCGCCAACCUCAGAGGCUAGUGACAGGCGGGCAUCUUCUCCAGAGUCCUCACCAGACCAGGAUGAUGAUACCCGUCAUCACAUCUCAACCACAGCGCAACUCAAAGCUCCCAUGUCCCUCUCCAACAUCUCUGACAUACGUACAUCGAUCGCUGGGUGGCAAACUGAAUGGGGCCCUGCAGCUACAUGGGCGAAAAACUUUCAUCACACACUUUCGCGUGUGCAGGAGAAAGGGCGGAGGGCCACAGACAAGUUCUUUUCUCAGUGUGAGGACCAUGUCCAAGAGGGUUGGGCAAUACUGCGUGACCUUCAGCUUCUCGCGCACCAUCCGCCGAAUAAGGGGUCCAAGCAGGUGAAAGAUACUUACAUUCAGAUAUUUGACUUGUUACCAGCGGUUCUUAUGGAGGUGUUUUUUUUGAGCUCAAGCUCGACGAGUAUGCCCCUGCAGUCCCUUUGA